AGAGCAAGGGGAAUUCUGAAAUUUGGCCUGGUGGGAUUGGAGCUGGUUACAGAUGGGAGAAAAGUUGUUCUGAAAAUGGGAGAGUCUGAUACUUUGACUCCAAAAGGAGAGAGACUUUGCUCUGUCUCCGAAGACUUGGGCUGUAGACGUGGAGAGUUCAGUAGAAAGCAUUAUGGAUCUGUGGAGCUGCUUAUAUCUAGUGAUGCUGAUGGAGCCAUUCAAAGAGCUGGACGUUUCCGAGUGGAAAACGGAUCAUCUGAUGAGAAUGCAGAUUUCACCCCAGGUACAUGGCGCAGAACAGAUGUGCACUUGGAAAACCCAGAGUACCACACCAGAUGGUAUUUCAAAUAUUUUCUAGGAAAAGUUCAUCAGAAUUACAUAGGUACAGAUGCAGAGAAGAACCCUUUUUUUCUGUCUGUCGUGCUCUCCAACCAAAACAAUCAACGUGUCCCUCAAUACCGCUCAAUUCUCUGGAAAAAAACAGGUACUCAGAAAAUAUGCCUCCCUUACAGUCCCACGAAAACAUUAUCAGUGAAAUCUAUUUUAAGUGCCAUGAAUCUUGACAAAUUUGAAAAAAGCCCUAGGGAAAUUCUUCACCCUGAGAUACAAAAGGAUUUACUGGUUCUUGAAGAGCAAGAGGGCUGCGUAAAUUUUAAGUUUGGAAUUCUUUAUGCCAAAGAUGGUCAACUUACAGAUGAUGAAAUGUUCAGCAAUGAAACUGGAAGUGACAGCUUUCAAAGAUUAUUGAAUCUUUUGGGUGACACAAUUACACUGAAGGGCUGGACAGGCUACAGAGGAGGCCUGGACACUAAAAAUGAUACAACAGGAAUAUAUUCCAUAUAUACAGUGUAUCAAGGGCAUGAGAUUAUGUUCCAUGUUUCAACCAUGUUACCAUAUUCUAAAGAGAACAAGCAGCAAGUAGAAAGGAAGCGUCAUAUUGGAAAUGACAUUGUCACUAUCGUGUUCCAGGAAGGGGAAGAAUCUUCUCCAGCAUUUAAGCCUUCCAUGAUUCGCUCUCAUUUUACACAUAUUUUUGCCUUAGUGAGAUAUAAUAAGCAAAAUGAUAGUUACAGGCUGAAAAUAUUUUCAGAAGAAAGUGUACCUCUCUUUGGGCCUCCCCUUCCAUCUCCACCUGUGUUCACAGAUCACCAGGAAUUCAGGGACUUUGUACUAGUGAAGUUAAUAAAUGGGGAAAAAGCCACCUUGGAAACCCCAACAUUUGCUCAGAAACGGCAGCGCACUCUAGACAUGCUGAUUCGUUCUUUAUACCAGGACCUCAUGCCUGAUCUACACAAGAACAUGCUUAAUAGGAGGUCGUUCAGUGACGUGUUACCAGAAUCCCCUAGAUCAGCACGGAAGAAAGAGGAGGCCCGUCAAGCAGAAUUUGUCCGACUUGGUCAGGCACUGAAACUGAAAACCAUUGUGAGAGGAGAUGCCCUAACUAGUUCAGCAACCACAAGCCUCUAUAAAAAGGAGCCAUGGGAGUCCCAAUGUUUCUGCAGUAAUUUUCCUCAUGAAGUUGUUUGUGCGGAUUCUUGGGGCCAGUCCUUGCUAGUUUCUACAGAUGUUGGUGUCCUGCUAAUAGAUGAUGGCCAGUCAUCAGUGCAAGUAUUUGAUAAAACUCUCCAGGUGAAACAGAUGCAUGUGCUGGAAGCUUUGGACCUUUUGAUUACCAGAGCAGACAAAGGGAAGGACUCUCGUCUCCUUGUCUUCAGGAUGAGCGCUGUACGAAAUGGCAUAGAAGCAAAGCAGAUGACAAAGAGCAAAUAUGACUGCAGAGAAAAUAAACUUGAGAAAACAAAAGGAUGCCAUUUGUAUGCCAUUAAUACUCACCACAGCAGUGAACUGAGGAUUGUUGUGGCUAUUAGGAACAAACUGCUCCUCAUCACAAAGAAAUACAAUCAAGGCAACAGUUUAACCAGUGUCUGUUUGAUGUCAUCACUGUCUGAAUCACCAGUGGAGGAAUUCCAGUACAUCAGGGAGAUUUGUCUCUCUGACCCUCCAGUGAUCAUGACUCUGGUGGAUGGACCUACUGGAGACAAUGACAAUAUGAUCUGUGUAGCAUAUCGGCAUCAGUUUGAUUUAGUUAACGAGAGUACUGGGGAGUCCUACAGGUUACAUCAUGUUGAAGCAAGCAGGGUUAAUUUUGUUGCAGCUAUUGAUGUAUAUGAAGAUGGUGAAGCUGGUCUACUGUUGUGUUAUAACUAUGUCUGCUACUACAGAAAGGUAUGCCCCUAUAAUGGGGGUUCUCCUUUGGUCCAGACAUCGGCAUCAGACUUCCACUUUAGUUGGAACCAGGUUCCUUAUGCUAUUGUUUGUGCUUUCCCUUAUAUCCUGGCCUUCACUACUGAUUCCAUAGAGAUACGAUUAGUGGUGAAUGGGAACCUAGUCCACACAGCUGUGGUGCCUGAACUUCAACUUGUUGCAUCAAGGUCAGAUAUUUAUUUUAAAGCUACUGCAACAGUAAGUGGAUCAUCCAAUAGCAGUUCCAAGGAAACCAGUUCAAACAGUUCUCCUCAGACUCCAACAGCUCAUGAAAUGCCAGAAUUUCCUUCUUCCUCAGCGGAAGGUGAAGUUCAGUAUAAAAACUUAUACAAAAUUCCUCUGAGUAACCUGGCUGGGAGGAGCAUUGAACGACCUCUGAAGUCACCAUUAGUCCCCAAGGCCAUCAUCACCUCAAUGUCUAGUGUUACUGCCUCAGCUCCUGUCAGUCACUCAUUAUCUUUGUCUCGUAUGGAAAUUAAAGAAAUUGCAAGCAGGACACGCAAAGAACUGCUGGGCCUCUUGGAUGAGAAAGUUCCCAAAUCAGAAGUAGCACAGAAGCAAAAGAAGGUUCCUCGAAAACCAUCAGACCACAAGCAGGAAGCAAUAAGGUCAACAAGCAGUGACAGGAUAAUUUCAAGCUCUUUUGAAAGCAGUUCUGAAGGGCGUCACCUUUCCACUAGUUCAGAUCCUGAUACUGCAGCAAACCGGGAGGAGAGCCCACCAUCUAGCAGUCCAUUUCAUCUCACUACUUCAUUUGAUGAAGACAUCAUUGACUUGAAGUGA